AUGUAUCCGUUACAUGGAGACUUGUUCUCGUGUAAUUGUGCGUAUGCUUUAUCAUACGGCUUGCUUUUGCUUCGUGGAAUUCUCUACGAGGCAAAAAAAGUAGAACAACUUCGGUUGAAAAAACUAAACAAAAGACUUACAGAGAAAAAAGCCCGUUGUUUAAACGAGGAAGAUUUGGUACUCUAUCCAUUAAAGCAUAUCGGAGUGUAG